AUGAAGUACAAGAAAAUCUCCACCAGGCGACACCGGUCUGGUGGAUUUUUCCGAGAGUUUCUCAAAGAUUUACUAGUUCUCUACCAUUUUGUAAUUGUCGAUUUAGAAUUUACUAAUCAGACCACUCACCUAAUGGGCAUCAUUAUCAGUCUAUUUUUGAGCAUCGGCCACGCCAUUUCACAACAGGUUCGGUGUUUGGGACUUUUGGCGAUGCCGACAUUCUGUGACAAGUCCGGCCAACGAGUACUUGUGACCAUGGUAUUUGCGUACGUAAUGGCCGGCCCUCUGAACAACAUAAUGAGAAACGGGUCGGAAGUGAUCAGAGUGUUCACAUGUUCCAGCGCGCUGGUAUAUAAUUUGACCAAGAUCCGAUAUGAACUCAUGUUCAAACCUUUCCAGGAAGCGCUAUUCAACCUCAAGGCUGAAACAAACGAGAUAAAAGAAACCAUAAAUUCCAUCAACGACGUGAUAGAUCCGAUUCGACAGGAAUUUGAAUCAGACAGCGACAGUAUCGAACUACACGAGAGAAACGACUACUUAGACGAUUUGGAAAUGAGACCAACAAAAAUGAACAAUGCAAAAUCGUCCGAGCAUACGAAAAAUAUGUACAAGAUUCCGGAGCCAAGCGAAGUGGAAACAAAGUACAGAGAUAAAUUGCGCAGAAAGUGCAAAGGCAUCAUCACCCGGGCAGACGACAAGUGCAAGGCAGCGUUUCAGAGCAGCUUCGACACUUGCAAGAACUCUGUACACUGGUCCGUGAACUGGGCCUUGUGCUGGCCCAUGCAAGUCACUUUCGUCUGCAACCUUGCACCUCUGUUUGGUGGCGGAGACGUGUGCAAUUCUGGAAAAUCGGUAAAUUCCGGUUUUGGCAAGGGAUACGUGUACCUGACAAAGUCCAAGGACGAAUUAAAACGAGAAUUCCUGCACGUAAAAGUCAAUUACAAGUUGAACAAAGUGAAAAUAAUGGUAAUGUCAGCUCAUUCGUCUGAUCAAUUUCGGGACGCUUACGACGUAACCAGGGACAUGAUGAUAGAUUUCCGGGAGAAAAGACGGACGGCCGAGUUUGUGUUCGUAUGCAUACGCCGUCUGCUGGCGUUUUCGUUCCUCAAAAUUCUGUUGGACAGUCAGAGUUACAUGCACAAAUACCUGACGGACAUCGAACACGACAACACGUACGUGACCCGGUAUUACCGGAAGAUCGACGCCCGGCGCAAAAAGACUGGCAAGCACACGUUGCUACCCCUCAAAAAGACCGAAAAGAGCAAAACGAUCGACUUAAGGAGCUACAAACUUGUUAACCGCGAGUGUGACCACCUGUUAAAAUCAUUGGUAAAAUUGGUGUUUGAAAUUAUCGCUGCCUCGUCGUUGGUUUUAUUGGACAUCGUAUUUUACGAGGCAUUAGACGUAAUCAAGAGACACGCAAAAAUCGAUUACUUCCAGACAGGACACCACAACCUGUACAUCAAAGUCAAAGGCACCGGUAUGAUCGCUAACUUACUCAGGUCUGUCGUGGAUCGGUUCAAUUUCAGGAAAAACAUCACUGUUAACCUUAGCAACGAAAAAAUCCUGGGUACGUAUAGUACUUUAUACUACUCGAAUAAAUACUCGGCACGGGGACACUUGUCAGUUGCCAUCAACACUUACAUUAUUAUAAUUUAUAAAUUUAUAAUAUCUCCUAUAGUCCUAUCAUUAGAAUAUUAUAGUGUAAGGGAAAUUAUUUAUGUGUACCAACUUAUAUAUACAGUGUGUCUCCCAAAUCCGCAUAAGUUGGACGCGUAUUACUUGCACAAGAUUUACGGCACGUUAAUGCUGGUGUUCGCAAUGACCGUAUUUGCCGGUUACUCAGGCCGACUAAAACGACUGAUCUGCGCUGUAUUCUUCAGGAAGAGAGAAAAACGACGAGUGCUGUACCUGUACAACGAGACAUUAAGGAAGCGAACGGCAUUCUUCAGGUAUAUGAAGCAAAAGGUGUCGAAAUUGGCACGCGAAAACAAAUUAUCGGAAGAUCUUGACAUUUUUUUGAUGCUGAGACUUAAGUUCCCGGCAUUGUUCGGAUGGCUGGUGUGGUUUCAGUGUGGUCGUCGAAAAUGUCUGAUUUGUGGAGAACCAGAAACGAUUGCCGGCAAACAGUAUGGUUGCAACACCAUUGGUUGCGUUUACAUACACUGCGAACAGUGUUGGAAAGAUGUUGGUAUCUGUUAUGCCUGUUCAGACACAUUCAACAAAGAAGAUAACAAAUACAAUUUAGAUAUAGAUACUACUGCCGAGGGUUAUGUGGACACUGAUUAUUAG